GGGGUGCUGCACUAGGAACCCCACCUCCGGGAGAAAGGCACCACGAGGUCAUCUGUUUACUCUGGGAUUAGCGGCUCCCCGCGGGAGUUCUUUUCCUACGAGAUGAAAAGAAAGCGGACAAUCUGUCAGGUAAACAGGCCGCAUUGUUCCCAGCCGUGUCGGGGGCCCCUUUGUGGGCCGGGCCUUUGAGAUCGGUUGCUCCCUUGCACAGGGAGAGAGCUUACUUAAAGGGAAUGGAACGGAAUGGGAGGCCCCAGCUGGUGGGCAGGUCGCCUGCUGCUGAUACAGGGAGGGACAGAGGGCUUGGACAAUUCCGGCUUUUCCUUAGCUGCUCUCCUUGCAAGCCCCUUCCUCCCCAUGGGUCUCUUGAUGAGUCCAACAAGACGGGCACGGAGCCCGAUCUCACAGAUGGGGAAGCUGAGGCCAGCGGCAGCUUCCCCCCGCCGCACAGAAGAGAGCUCCUGGCAUUCCAGCAGGGGGUGGCUGGAAGAAAACCAGGGACCUGGUCUAACCACCUCACUCUUCAGAUGGGGAAUAGCUGGAGACACAGGAAUUGGCAGAGCACGAUUUCUGCACUGGAGGCUUCCCCAUGUAUCCCUGCUGGGUAGCGGGGAACUUGGGAGCCACGACCAUCCCCACCAGUGGGCUGUCAGUUUUAUGGAUUCCCAGAAUAUUUAACAGCUGAGUGGAUGGGACUGGUCAAGGCCGGCCUGUUUCCUCCCACAGCUACCCAUAAGGUAUCUUCCUGGGAAGCAGGGAAGACAGUGCAAGCCCCGCCCCGCAAGUGCAUGAGAAGAAAACUGAAGGCCCGAAAGCCCCAGCCACACUAUGACCUGGAGGGACACAAGGUGACAGCACCAAGCUCAGCCUUUCCUCUGAGGCUUCGCAGGACUGAAUGA